AAAAGAAAGGCGAGCUGUGUGGUAGAGCUGGCUUCAGAGGUGGCGUCUUCUGUGAGAAAAAGUGAGAGUUCCAACUUUCCUCUCAGCCUGAGAGGUUUUCAGUGGGGAGGGUCACCAUGUCAGAGAAAAAGCAGCCGGUAGACUUGGGUCUCUUGGAGGAAGACAACGAGUUCAAGGAGUUCCCUGAGGAAGACUGGGCUGGCUUAGAUGAAGAUGAAGGUGCACGUGUCUGGGAGGAUGAUUGGGAUGAUGACAGUGUAGAUGAUGACUUCUCCAAUCAGUUAGGAGCUGAACUACAGAAACAUGGUUAUAAGAUGGAGACCUCAUAGCAUCCAGAAGAAGUGUUG